AUGGAUGCGCUCUUUGCCUCCGCCCUUGAGCAGAUCGCCCUCGAAGGACACAAAGGGUGUUCUCUGCCUCGCCUGUGGGAGACGCUGAGGGAGGAGCUGCCCAUCGGAGGCGUCGCCGAGCUGACGGAGGGGAUCAAGCAGGUGGUGUGGGAUGAGGUCCGGCGGCGGAAGCUGGACGUGCAGGCGUCCGUCGCUGCCUGCCAUGCGGCGGCAUUUGGGUUGAAGAACAGCAAUGUGGAGCAUGCCAGCGGCCAGGUCGAUGUUGACCUAAGCCACGCCAAUCUGGGAACAGUUGCAGGUGCUGAGGGGUUUCACAUUCUUCUUGUGGCAUCACAGGAGCUUAGGGACUGUGUCCUUGGUGUGUAUGAUUUGCGACAUUGCAGAUUUCGUUUGAGCAGUACCAUGAUGCAAACACUGGAAGCAAUCGGUGCAACACGCCACAAAGGAGCUGUGCAAUGUGACUUGGCUACCAACCUGGAUAUCCCUCACAAGAAUUUCUUCUUUGUCCUCAAGCACUUGGAAAAUCGUGGCCUCAUCGUCAAGAACCAACUGUUGAUGACUAGACCAACAACAUCUACCCAUGCCUUGCAAACAAACAUUGUUCACCUGCGUCAGUUUGCCCCAGCAAAUUCAUUGCCACAUUUCGAGAGGUUUGAGGCAGACCAUCAGGAUUCUGACGAUGACGUUCAUGAAGGGGGUUCGCGGUAUUCAAUGUCCAAGGACGCACCAAUGAUGAGGUCGAUCUGUGAGAGGAUCAGUGCCACCGAUAACAAGGUCCUGCUGGAACGAGACCUGAAGAUGUCCUUUGGUUUUCGUUUCAAGACGGGUCACAGGGUUUGGAGGCGACUGCAGAGAAAGAUGCGGGAGUGUCGCCUGAUAGAGCGAUUUGUUGGGACAGUGGAUGGCAAACCUGUCGUUUGUAUACGUCUGCUGAUGAACUACAAUGACUGGCAGAGGUCCUUCGCUGCCCCGCUGGUUCAAUGUGCAACGAACAUCGAAUCUCGCAUUACUGUGGAGAACAGCUUGCAAGAACAACUCUAUGAACACGUAUUGCAAGCUGGGCUUGCAGGGCUUACCUCAAGCGAAAUAAUGAAGCACUUCAGGCUGAGUCACAAGCACAACAUGGUCAGGCUGACUGCCCUGUCAAAGCGCUUUGGCAUGCUCAUUCACUCUGACACAGAGGGCAAGGUUGUACACCACCGUUGCAUUUGUCCCCCUGCCUAUGUGCACAAUGCAAGUAGAGCUCCCUUUGAGGGUUCUACUGUGCAUGUGCCUCCAGGUGGUUGGAUGAAGGCAGUUGUGACCGCCAUAAUGGCAGGCAAAAGCAACUCGCGAGGAACCAAGGUGCUGACCAUGGAGGAGCAUAUGCCACACAGAUCUGAUGCUCUUCCCCCCAAGUCUCAGUUGUUGGACACAGCUCACCCGGCCAAUGCCAGCCUUUUGGAAGAAAACCUUGGUCCAGAGGCUGGCCCAGGCAACAAAGAGACUGAUGCCCUGAAGCGCUACCUCCAACUUCAUGUGCUCACCAAGCGGUCUGACUUUCGCUUCAGAAAGUUGAUGGACAAGCUGCAGGCAGACGGGUUUGUCUUCAAGUUUUGCUUGAAGUCGUUCUUCAGGGAUGUGGAAACUGCCGAGGGCUUCAAAAAGGUUGGGCACGGCCCUGAUCGUCGGACUCUGAAUGCCCUCAUUAAGAGGCUGGUGACCACUGCUGGCGCAAAGACUAUCAAUGUCUCGUUACUGACCAAGGAAGCUACUGAGAAAUUGGUGGAGGUGAUCUUGCCCGGAGACGUUCAAGUGACAGAAGAGCUGCUCAAAGAAAUCAGGGAUAGCUAUCUGUCAUGUGGAAGUGAGUUGCGCAAGAAGUCCCAUGUCAAGCUGAAGGCCAAAGCGAUGCAAGCCCUUGGUGAAAAGAUACCUGUCAUGGAUAAGAUUGAGAGGUUGAUACCAGACCCAAAGGACCAAAAUUGGAACCUUAAUGCAAAGGACAAGGGAAUCUGUGAUCGUCCCAAUGCUUCUAAGUCCUUCAAUGGGUUCAUCUGGGCAAAGAUGGUACGAGCCAAGUUGCUCCAUUAUCUCAUUUGCAGGAUGGUGGGCCUUGGCGGCUUUCAGAGGUGUAUUGAUGAUGAAAGUCCCCCUCCAUCAGUUGCCUUCCCAGCAUGGAAAGAAGAGCAGGAUGCAGAAUGGAACAGCCUCACACAAGGGCAGGUUGGAUUCUCUACAGCUUCUGUCCGAGAAACUGCUUCUGUGCAUGUUCAACGCCACGCCUUUAUGUUGUCAACUAACAGCUCAAAAUAUUCAUUCACUCCGAGGCAGCUGUGGGACUUCAUGCCCAUAGACCUUUUCCUCCAGAUUGUUGGCACCAGUGUGGAUAGUGGCAGGAUAGAGGAGCUGUGCGGCCAGUCCAAGACGAUGAGCGAUUUUCCGGAAGAAAAGUUGCGGGAGAUCAUCGAUGACAAUUCCCGUACACGGAUGUCUCGCCUUCUGGACAUUUUGUGCAGAAUGGACCUCAUUGAAUCGGCCGUGACUGCCAGCACAUCCUGCAUGGGUCUGCAUGAAUGCAGCCGAUUCUUUGCUCAUGACAAAGGGGUAAUGGAAGUUCCUGAGGCUGUGGGGGAAGGUCAAAGCAACAAUGCACAAGGUCGGAAGAAGAAAAUGAGUGAAUAUGAUCUCACCCUGGCAUCUGGUCUAGAUGAGUAUUGGACAAGGCUGGAGUUUAAUUUUACUUCAGAGAGCAGCGAUCGAACAAGGCACUGCUUCCCUAGCACAAUGGCACCAGAGGUGUGCAGCAAACAUAGUUGGCGCACAUUCCGGUUGAUGUCUAUGCCCCAAUGGCUGGAACUUCGGGACAAGUUGAAGCAGUUCAAGGAAGGCAUCAACUGGAAGCAGUGCCAAGACCUUGCAACAAAACUCGAGUUGAGCACGGAGCAGGUCUUCAGGCUAUUUAAUACGUAUGGCAGAGCUGUAAGGCUUGAAAGAUUGCAGUCUGGGCUGCCAAAGGAUGGAUGGAAGCCAUGCAGGAAACCAAGGCCAACAAAGAGGGCCAGGACGCAGAGUCGAACCACGGGAUCAGGGGUCGUGGGAGGAAGACUUGCUGAAAGGAGGAAGAAAAUGGCAAAGAAGGAAAAGUCCCUGUCACAGAGAUCCCUGCCGCUCGUUCUUCCAGGAAGCAGUGGUCAACAUGGGGGCAGAUCAGCUGAAGGUUGGAGUGUUGGAAUGGAAAAUGGAGGAGAAUUUGGCAAUUGGCAGAUAAGGGGCAAGGCUGGAUAUUGGAGUCAGGAGGAGGACAAGAAGCUUUUUGGUGCCUUCCUUGCCAUGCGCUGCUGCUCAAAGUCAACGAAGCUUGGGCACAAAUGGAAGGAUGCUGUUGGACUUCCAUGUCCAAAAAACAAUGCAGAAGGGAUAAACAGGUGCAAGCGGCGAUUAGGGUACUGCAAGAAGAUCCCAGAAAUGAAGCACCUGUUGAUGCGUGCAGAACGCCUAGCACAGGAAGUAUACCUCAAGAGGCUUGCAUUGAUGGCUGAUACACUCGACGAUAUGCCAGAGCAGAUUCCGGGAUUGGAAUGGCCGACUGGUCACCAGGAUGAACCUGUGCAAGCCAGGAAGGCCAGCCUGCAUGCAACAGGGAAAAGGAGCAGAUCCGAUGCAUUUGGGGACAACUACACUGCAUUGGAUAAAAGCACUCCAGCAACAAUUAAAGACGGCAUGGGAUCGUCUUCUGAGGUUGAGAGAUUGGAUGCCAGACUUUUGAAUGGUGGCAGCCAUGCUGCAACUGCCACAGUGGAGACAACAAAGCUGGCUACUGAAAGACCUGGGAAAGACAAGGAUGCACAACAUACUUUGGAGCUGAUGCUGACGACAUGCGAACCUGAAAUUCGGGAGGAAGUGGAGCAGCUGUGCAAAAUGGUUGAUGAGCUUACUGCCAUGGCGCCUCGAAGUCUCAAGAAUUUGCAACCUGAAGAAGAGGAGUGUGAUGGGCCACCCUGCUUCUACAUGGAAGCCGCUGCUGUUCCAGCAUCCCUGGGCUCAUCAGUUGUAUUCUCAGCGGAGCGAAAGAAGCGCCUGGCCGUUCGUGUCAACAAGGCCUCACUUCCUCGUGUCGACACGUCCUCCGUCCCUCUGGCAGCUAUGGUUGGCAAGGAAUUCAUCCUUUCCAUAUUAUUCAGCGCCGUGAAGAAUGGAUUCCUGGACAAGCAGAUGGCCGCUGCCCUGACAGCUCGAUUCACUGAUGCAGAGAUCCGACAAGCAGUUGCUUUGCUGUAUCAUGGCGGAUGGGUGCAAAUCGGUGGUCCACAGUGUCCACUGAAGCUGUCAUCACAGUUCAUGGACCAGCUGAAGGUCGAUCAGUUCCCAGAGCAUCUGUUCGACGAGGCGGUCGAGGGCUAUGCAACCCUCUCAGGCCUUGGCCAGCCAGCCAAGCCCUCUGGAGCUGGCUCUUUAGGCGCGGCGAUGGGAGAAGAUGGGCGCCUGGCACUGCAUUCCGAUGUCAGAGUCAGUGGUGGGACGGUUGCUGCAAUCUUGGCUGCUGUAGUCUCCAGCCAGGCGUCGUUGGUGUUGCAUUGGGACACUGACGGAGAGUCUAGGUGCGAGGGGAUCGGAGCUGCUGCAGGUCCUGUGUCACCCAAAUUCACGUUGUUUGUUCGGAGUUCGGCAGAGCCAAGUCAUGGCUGCGACAAGGACCCAGCUCUGGAAGCGCAGUACCAAGGAGCCCAAGGCCAGGCAAGCGACCGGCGUGGUCGAGGGCAGCGGCGAGGACGGGGCCGAAGCCGAGGUGCCGGCAGAGGUCGAGGCCGAAGUAGAGGCCGUGGAGAAAGGGUGACCCCUGUGGGCUCGAAAAGGACCUUCGCAGAUCUUGUUCGAGAUGCUCUCGACGCGGAUGGCUCAGCUGGUGCGACGUGCUGGUCGACCAAACGGGUUCAAACCAACGGGGGCGCAGAGUCGCUGCAUUCGACGACCCCGCGCGGGGAAGAGCACGAGGAGUCGGUGUGCAGGGCGAGCGAAGGUGACAUUUGCUGGGCAUUGGCUAGGAUUCGCAGGAGGAAAGAGGAGGGGAUCACCCUGCAGGAUUUGUGUGCAAAGGCACAAGACGCAGACGGGCCCGAGUCCAUUGGGCCUGGCAGCACUGCACUGUCCGGAGAGAGAGCUCCUCAAAGACAGCGAGAGAGCGGAGCCGGCGGCCCUUGCCAUACUUUGCAUUCAAGUGGACAAGAGGACUUGCGCACUUCGUCCAGCCAAGGCAGGCUGCCCCCAGACGGGUCCGUUGAUGCAGGCAUUUCCAGGCGGCGAAGACGUCCAAGGGAGGACGCAUUGGGAUUUGCCGUGCAGUGUUUGUGUCGUCGAGGGCUUGCACGCGGGAUUUCUGGUCAUUCAGAGACGGUCUACGUUGCGACAGAGCAUUCGUCUCGAUAUCUGGCACAUCCUCCGCACAGCCACGUGCAUAAGGAAGCCGCGGGCAGUGACACUGUGGACGGGCCCAAUGCCGCAGGACCAUCUUCUCUAGCGAACAGCGAGAGGACCGAAGGUACCUCGCAGCAGGAAGUCCAUAUUCGGCCAUGGUUGGACCACACAGGCGCAAUCAAUCGCGAGGUGCUUAAGUCUCUCCAGCAGAAGAUUUUGAUGCUCGUGAUGAGCCACCCGGGUAGGCCAGAAUGCACGAUAAUCGACCAUCUCAGCUUCAUGUGCCCCUCGAACGUAAAGGAGCUGUUGCAGAUCAUGGUCGGGCAGAGCAUCAUCACCUGCAGGACGUCCACAACGACGACCGCUGGGCCACCCUCGAUUCUGCGCGCAACGGGUGUGGAGGGCUCGGCACAGAGGUCCACCAGCCGGCACUACUUUCCUAACCUUUCCCAUUGCUUCGCAAGGGAAUUUCCAGCCGAACAGGGCAUAUCAUGUAGACCAAGACAGGGAGCUAAGGGGGUGGUUUCUUGA